AUGGAUCUUUUGCUUGUGCCUUAUUGGGCUGAUCGUGAGUUGGACCUUAUACAGUGGCCACCAUUUCUACUUGCUAGCAAGAUUCCAAUUGCAUUGGAUAUGGCUAAGGACAGCAAUGGAAAGGAUCGAGAGCUGAGAAAAAGAAUUGACUCUGACCACUAUAUGUAUUCUGCUAUUAAGGAGUGCUAUGCCUCAUUUAAGAGCAUUGUUAAGUACUUGGUUCAAGGGGACCGUGAAAAACAGGUCAUAGAGUACAUCUUCUCUGAAGUAGACAAACAUAUUGAAGCUGAUGACCUUUCGAGUGAAUUCAGACUGAGUGCACUUCCUAGCCUCUAUGAGAAAUUUGUUGAGCUAAUAAAACAUUUGUUAGAUAAUAAGCAUGAAGACAGGGAUCAAAUUGUGAUUCUAUUCCAGGAUAUGCUGGAGGUAGUGACUAGAGAUAUAAUGAUGGAGGAUCAUAUAUUCAGCUUGGUAGAUUCAAUCCAUGGCGGAUCUGGGCAUGAGGGAAUGCUUCUUCUUGAGCAACAAUACCAACUAUUUGCAUCUGAAGGGGCUAUCAGGUUUCCAAUUGAACCAGUUACCGAAGCUUGGACUGAAAAGAUUAAGCGGCUUCACUUGCUGCUUACAACGAAAGAAUCAGCAAUGGAUGUACCAUCUAACUUAGAAGCCAAAAGGAGGAUUUCGUUUUUCUCUAAUUCACUGUAUAUGGAUAUGCCUACAGCACCCAAAGUUCGCAAUAUGCUUUCAUUCUCGGUUUUAACACCAUACUACAGCGAAGAGGUUCUCUUUUCCUUGAAUGAGUUGGAUUCACCCAAUGAAGAUGGUGUUUCUAUACUCUUCUACUUACAGAAGAUCUUUCCAGAUGAGUGGAACAACUUUCUUCAGCGAGUGAAUUGUACCAGUGAAGAUGAACUUAAAGGAAAUGAAUCUGAUGAGCUAGAAGAAGAACUCCGUCGCUGGGCAUCAUACCGAGGCCAAACUUUGACCAGAACUGUUAGAGGUAUGAUGUACUACCGAAAAGCUUUGGAGCUCCAGUCUUUUCUUGAUAUGGCCAAAGAUGAAGAUUUGAUGGAAGGCUAUAAGGCCAUAGAAAAUUCAGACGAUAACUCAAAGGGGGAAAGGUCAUUGUGGACACAAUGUCAAGCUGUGGCUGAUAUGAAAUUCUCAUAUGUGGUUUCAUGUCAACAAUAUGGGAUUGACAAGCGAUCUGGUGCUGCUCGUGCACAAGACAUAUUGAGGCUGAUGACACGAUACCCUUCACUUCGAGUUGCCUAUAUUGAUGAGGUUGAGGAACCUAGCAAAGAGAGACCGAAAAAGAUCAAUAAGGUUUAUUACUCUUGCUUGGUGAAGGCUAUGCCAAAAUCCAGUAGUCCUUCAGAGACUGAGCCUGUGCAAUAUUUAGACCAGGUCAUAUAUAAAAUAAAGCUUCCUGGACCAGCUAUCUUAGGUGAGGGCAAACCUGAAAAUCAGAAUCAUGCCAUAAUUUUCACACGUGGAGAAGGCUUGCAAACAAUAGAUAUGAAUCAGGAUAACUACAUGGAAGAAGCUUUAAAAAUGAGAAAUUUGUUGCAAGAAUUCCUUAAGAAGCAUGAUGGGGUGAGAUUCCCAAGUAUUCUUGGUCUUAGGGAGCACAUAUUUACUGGAAGUGUUUCUUCUCUUGCAUGGUUCAUGUCAAAUCAGGAGACCAGUUUUGUGACAAUUGGUCAGAGAUUGUUGGCUAAUCCACUGAAUCCAAUAGUGUUGGAUGUGAGAGGGUAUAGUGGGAAAAAGCUGAGUUCUACGUCAACUAGAGAUAUUGCCAAAAUAGAAUAUAUGAUUGAAAACAAUCCUCUCCUUACAUCACUUUGUAAGGUCAAGGUUCGCUUCCACUAUGGUCAUCCCGAUGUCUUUGAUAGGCUUUUUCACCUCACAAGAGGCGGUGUUAGUAAAGCCUCCAAGGUUAUCAAUUUGAGUGAAGACAUUUUUGCUGGCUUCAACUCUACACUCCGUGAAGGAAAUGUUACUCAUCAUGAAUACAUACAAGUUGGGAAAGGAAGAGAUGUGGGUCUAAACCAGAUUUCUAUGUUUGAAGCAAAGAUAGCUAAUGGAAAUGGAGAGCAAACAUUGAGUCGAGAUGUAUACCGGCUUGGCCACCGCUUUGACUUCUUCAGAAUGUUGUCCUGUUAUUUCACCACAAUUGGAUUUUACAUCAGCACUCUUAUAACUGUUCUCACCGUAUAUGUAUUCCUCUAUGGACGCCUUUAUCUUGUUCUAAGUGGGCUUGAAGAAGGUUUGAGUACACAAAAAGCCAUUCGAGACAAUAAGCCUCUUCAAGUGGCUCUUGCCUCUCAGUCUUUUGUUCAAAUUGGAUUUUUGAUGGCCUUGCCCAUGUUGAUGGAAAUUGGCUUAGAAAGGGGCUUCCGAACUGCACUUAGUGAGUUCAUAUUAAUGCAGUUGCAGCUAGCUCCAGUUUUCUUCACAUUUUCGCUUGGGACAAAGACUCACUAUUACGGAAGGACAUUGCUUCAUGGUGGUGCAAAAUAUAGACCUACUGGACGAGGGUUUGUGGUUUUCCAUGCUAAAUUUGCUGACAACUAUAGACUUUACUCCCGUAGCCACUUUGUCAAGGGUAUUGAGCUAAUGAUUUUGCUUAUUGUAUACCAAAUUUUUGGUCAUACUUAUAGAAGUGGGAUUGCAUAUCUCAUGAUUACAGUACCAAUGUGGUUUAUGGUUGGCACCUGGCUUUAUGCACCCUUCUUGUUCAAUCCUUCUGGGUUUGAGUGGCAAAAGAUUGUUGAUGAUUGGACUGAUUGGAAUAAAUGGAUUAGCAUCCAAGGCGGAAUAGGUGUACCACCUAAAAAAAGUUGGGAAUCCUGGUGGGAGGAGGAACAAGAGCAUCUCCAAUAUUCAGGAAUACGUGGAAUCAUUGCAGAGAUAUUGUUGUCUUUACGUUUUUUUAUCUAUCAGUAUGGUCUUGUUUAUCACUUGACCUUUACGAGAACUACGAAAAAUUUUCUGGCAAGUCUUUUAUGUGCUCCCUUUUUUCCAACUAUUUAUGUCGCUUUCAAAGUUUGGCACAUUGAAUGGGAUAUCCUUUUCUUUGCUACAGGUCUAUGGCAUAUCACUGUGUCUGUUGGGAGACGGAAAUUCAGUGCAGAUUUUCAACUUGUCUUCCGGCUAAUCAAGGGGUUGAUAUUCUUAACUUUUGUCUCAAUUCUAGUCACCCUGAUUGCCCUUCCUCACAUGACAAUCCAGGACAUUGUUGUUUGCAUUCUUGCCUUCAUGCCAACUGGUUGGGGAAUGCUACAGAUUGCACAAGCAUUAAAGCCUCUAGUUCAACGAGCUGGAUUCUGGGAAUCUGUAAAAACUCUAGCUCGUGGUUAUGAGAUUGUCAUGGGUUUGCUUUUGUUCACUCCCGUUGCCUUCCUGGCUUGGUUUCCUUUUGUUUCAGAAUUUCAGACCCGAAUGUUGUUCAACCAAGCAUUCAGUCGAGGAUUGCAAAUUUCACGUAUUCUUGGAGGUCAAAGGAAGGGACGGUCUUCUCGCAACAAGGAAUAA